CUCUCUUCAGGACUUGGCGCCGUUCUUGGUUUAUCAUUCUCAUGGCGGCGGAAACAAAGAUGGUGAAGGACAGCUACAGCGAUAAUGAUGAAGAAGAGAACUUCUCAGACGAUGGAGACUGGGGAGAUUGGGAAGCAGCUGAAAAGGACGACGACGACGGCUUCGAAUCUGAUUUCGUUUGUUUGUUCUGCGAUUCACGCUUCGUUUCGUCUGAUUCACUCUUCGACCACUGUCGUCUGAGCCACGGGUUUGAUUUUCACGGAGCUAGAAAGGCACUGAAGCUGGACUUCUACGCUUCGUUUAAGCUCAUUAACUAUAUUCGCUCACAGGUGGCUGAGAACAAGUGUUGGAGCUGGGGAGCUUUGGGGAAGUGUCAACUCGAAGCCAAAGAUGUGAACUUUCCUUGGGAUGAAGAGAAGUAUCUGAAGCCCUUCUUGCAGGAGGAUUCGCUUUUGUACAGCUUUGCAGAUGACGAGGAGGAGGAAGAUGAAGAAGAGGCGUUAGACAGGGAGGAUUUGAUUGAGGAUUUACGGAAACUUGGGGAUUUGAGCAUUGUUGAUGAUGAAGCUAUAGGGGAAAGCUCAGUGUCAAACAAUGGCAAAUGCAAGGAUGUUAGUCUUAUCUCAAACUCCGAUGAUGGGAAGCAAAGUUGUGCUGAUGGUUUGGUGGUAGUGAAUGGGAAGGGUAAAGAACCAAGUGUGUGUGAUGGGAGGCUAGUUGGUAGGAACAUCAGGAAGGUGAAUGAAAACUAUUUUGGAUCUUAUAGUUCGUUCGGAAUUCACAGGGAGAUGAUAAGUGAUAAGGUUAGAACAGAAGCUUACAGGGACGCACUUUUGAAGAAUCCUAGUCUCAUGUCUGGCUCUGUUGUAAUGGAUGUUGGUUGUGGAACUGGAAUAUUGAGUCUCUUUGCUGCUAAAGCUGGGGCUUCAAGGGUGGUUGCAGUUGAAGCUAGUGAGAAGAUGGCCAAAGUUGCUACGAAGAUUGCCAAGGAUAACAAAGUGUUUAAUGAUAAGGAGCACAAUGGGGUACUUGAAGUUGCGAACUCAAUGGUUGAAGAGCUAGAAAAAUCCAUAAAGAUUCAACCUCAUAGUGUUGAUGUGUUAGUCAGCGAAUGGAUGGGAUACUGCCUUCUAUAUGAGUCAAUGCUCACUUCCGUGCUCUAUGCAAGAGAUCGGUGGUUGAAGCCUGGAGGGGCAAUCCUCCCUGACACAGCCACAAUGUUUGUUGCUGGAUUUGGAAAAGGCGCCACAAGUCUUCCUUUCUGGGAAGAUGUCUAUGGCUUUGACAUGUCCUCAAUUGGUAAAGAAAUUCUUGAAGAUACAGCUCGGAUUCCCAUUGUUGACGUUGUAGAGGAGCGUGAUUUAGUGACACAGCCUGCACUUCUCCAGUCAUUUGACUUGGCUACCAUGAAACCGGAUGAAGUAGAUUUCACAGCAACAGCAACACUGGAACCCACAGAGUCAGACACAGAAGCUAGGUUGUGCCACGGUGUUGUGCUGUGGUUCGACACAGGUUUCACGGAUAGGUUCUGCAAGGAAAACCCAACCGUGCUAUCCACAUCACCCUACACACCCCCAACACAUUGGGCACAAACGGUCUUGACUUUUCAAGAACCAAUCUCAGUGGCUCCGGCAACUGUUCUGUCUGGUGAUGAUAGACUAGGAGCCGUUGGAACGAAAGAAUGUCCCGCCUCAAGCAUUCAACUUCGCGUGAGUGUUGCAAGAGCGUCUGAGCAUCGCAGCAUUGACGUCUCAUUAGAGACUACAGGGGUGAGCUCAAAGGGUCAGAAGCGUCGUUGGCCAGUUCAGAUAUUUAAUCUAUGAAUGUUAUUGUACCCUAUUGUAAGACUCGUUUUCUGCAUUUUUGAUCUACAAGGAUGAGGAUUAACUUCAGUGCUGCUAAAGGUCUUUUCCUUAAUUAAAUUGGUAGGUAGGAUUUUUAAAUUUGGAAA